UUUGUCUCCCAACAACCACAUGUGCAAGGCCUUAGUUAGGCUUAAGUGUUCAAGCUUGCAAGUGCUAAAGCCUACGUGCAUCGGCAACCUCAUUAAACAAAUCAACGACCGGGCAACUUGGACUAAAUUAGGCGGAUCAUGUCUCCAAACGCAGACGAUGGGUUCAAGCACCAGGUUGCCAUCCAACUUUCACGAGCAUUGAACCUCGUAAACCCAAACGACUUGCUCGCAGAGCGUGUUAUCGACAUAGCUAAAACAAACUCCUCGGAAGGCUUCGCCAAAGCGGCUCGGGCGUUUGGCAAGUUUCAAGAUUCCUUUUUGACCGAACUGCAUGACGAAAUCUUGUCACAUAUCAAGCAGGAGGCUUCUGGGCUUGCUCCUCGUCCCGUCGAGGGUAUAACAGUCCAUGACAGCGAGGUGCUCGAGCCUGACCCAAUCCGGCAAGGCGGUCUCGUGAGGAACGAUACCAGACACACUUUCCGUCAGCCUGCGAAGCCAAUCGAACCACCAACUCCUCGAGGCUCUUUACUCGGCCUUGAUCGACUGGCAAAGGAAAAGAGAGAACAGGCUCUAUCUGAAAACGGCCCUCGAAAAAAACCGAGGCUGAGUGAUGACACUUUUUUCAAAGUCCCCAGUUUGCCAGUCGGACGAGGAAAUAGUUUAAGGCAGCGAGGAGAAGACACACCGUCUCAUCCAGGCGGUCUGUCCGACCCCGCACGAGCCCGUUUAGAGGAAUACCGACGAAACCGCGAGAAGCAGAAAGAAGGAAUCACUGCCGUGCAGGAGCAACGGCCUCACGCUUCUCAAGGACUCGGAGAUUUCCAACGACGAUCAAAUCGGGACAACGAUAGGGGAUGGGUUCGACGAGACCACGACAGGGAUCGGCAAAAUGGACGCGGCUGGGAUUCUACACCCCGCUCAGAGCGUGGUGGUAGCAACCGCGAUGCUCCUAGUGUUCGUGUGCCUAAUGUCGGGUGGGAUUCAACGCCGAGACGACAAGAAGGCGAAGGAUCUGGCUGGGGAGGAGCAAGGAAUCGUGGUUGGGAUGCACCGACCCCGCGUGUUCCGAGAGGCGGCAGCCCCGAGGAUGAUGGGCUCCUUGGUGUUGAUGUGAGGGAAUGGGAGGAGGAGCAGCUGCGACUGGACCGUGAUUGGUAUACUGGAGCGGAAGAAGGCGGUGUCGCUGGAGACGAAGAGCACAACCCUUUGGCGCAGUACGAGGAUCUCGCUGCACUGAAGGACGCCGAGAUCUCGAAAAAACAAGUGAGGAGAAUAUCGGCCAGGCAAGCGCAAUAUAAUGCAGAUAACGACCUCUGGGAAGCUAAUCGGAUGCUGACCUCCGGUGUUGCGACCCGUAAGGAAGUCGAUCUUGACUUCGAAGACGAAUCCGAGUCAACGGUGCAUGUCAUGGUGCAUGAUAUCAAGCCACCUUUCUUGGAUGGCAAGACAAUUUUCACGAAGCAACUUGAGCCCAUCAAUCCGAUCCGCGACCCUACGAGCGACAUGGCGAUCUUUUCAAAGAAGGGGAGCGCUCUCGUGAAAGAGAAACGAGAACAGGCGGAGAGGGCAAAGGCAGCCGCCAAACUUGCAUCUCUUGGUGGCACACAACUCGGUAACAUCAUGGGCGUGAAGGACGAGGAGGCUGAAGCUGAAGCUUUGGCAGAAGCAAAGGCGAAGUCUGGUGAAAAAGAGGAUUAUAAGGGAGAUUCUAAGUUCGCUAGCCACUUGAAGGCUUCCACUGGGGUCAGUUCGUUUGCGAAGAACAGGACAUUGAAGGAGCAGAGAGAGUAUUUGCCUGCAUUUGCGUGUCGAGAUGAGCUUCUCAAGGUCAUCCGAGAAAACCAGGUUGUCAUCGUCGUCGGAGAGACUGGUUCUGGGAAAACCACUCAGUUGGCGCAGUUCCUUUAUGAGGACGGGUACUGCGCAUAUGGUCUCAUUGGUUGUACUCAGCCGCGUCGAGUGGCCGCUAUGUCUGUAGCAAAGCGUGUUGCUGAGGAGAUGGAGUGCAAGCUUGGUUCUACCGUUGGUUAUGCGAUCCGUUUUGAGGACUACAUGACGGACGGUGUUCUCCAGCGAGAAUCUUUGAAUGAAGGUGAUUUGGACCGUUACAGUGUAAUCAUCUUGGAUGAGGCACACGAACGUUCACUAAGCACUGAUGUUCUCAUGGGUUUGCUUCGUAAGAUUCUGUCUCGGAGAAGAGAUCUAAGACUCAUUGUUACAUCGGCAACCAUGAAUGCUGACAAGUUUUCUGCGUUCUAUGGAAAUGCCCCUUGUUAUACCAUUCCUGGUCGUACAUUUCCGGUGGAGAUGUUUCAUUCAAAAUCACCUUGCGAGGACUACGUAGACAGUGCUGUGAAGCAGGUUCUCCAAAUCCAUCUUUCGCUCCCUCCCGGUGACAUCCUCGUAUUUAUGACUGGACAAGAAGACAUCGAAAUUACGUGCCAGGUUAUUAACGAGCGACUGGCACAGCUUGAUCAGCCCGCCCCCCUAGCAGUACUCCCAAUCUAUUCGCAGAUGCCAGCCGACCUGCAAGCCAAGAUUUUCGAAGCCACUCCUGAUGGUCGAAGGAAGGUCAUCGUAGCUACUAACAUUGCCGAGACUUCCUUGACGGUUGAUGGAAUUAUCUAUGUGGUCGACGCGGGCUACUCGAAGCUUAAGGUGUAUAAUCCAAAGGUCGGAAUGGACGCCCUGCAGAUCACGCCGGUCAGUCAAGCCAACGCCAACCAGCGAACUGGGCGUGCUGGCCGUACAGGCAGCGGGUUCUGUUAUCGCCUGUAUACAGAGAUGGCGUUUCGCAAUGAGAUGUUCGCGAAUACUAUCCCAGAAAUUCAGCGCACCAAUCUCGCUAACACUGUUCUGCUCCUUAAGUCUCUUGGCGUCAAGAACCUUCUUGAAUUUGACUUUAUGGACCCUCCUCCCCAAGCCAAUAUUAUAAACUCGAUGUACCAACUUUGGGUUUUAGGCGCGCUGGAUAAUCUUGGCGAUUUGACGCCUGUGGGUAGGAAAAUGUCCGAGUUUCCCAUGGAGCCCUCCAUGGCCAAGAUGCUUAUUGCGUCCGUGGAGAUGAGAUGCUCAGCAGAGAUGUUGACUAUAGUGUCCAUGCUUUCGGUGCCAAGUAUCUUCUACAGACCAAAAGAAAGGAUGGAAGAGGCAGAUGCCGCACGUGAAAAGUUCAACGUACCAGAGAGCGACCAUUUGACGUUGUUGAAUGUUUUCAACCAGUGGAAGAGCCACGGAUUCCGUGAUGAUUGGGCUACGCGUCAUUUUUUGCAUCCGAAACUGCUUCGCAAAGCUCGUGAGGUAAGAGCACAGUUGGAGGACAUCAUGAAGUUCCAGAAGAUGGAGAUUAUUUCUGCUGGCACAGACUUUGAUGUCGUCAGGAAAGCUAUCACUGCUGGCUAUUUCCACCAAUGUGCACGUGUGAAGGGUAUCGGCGAGUAUGUAAAUAUUCGCACUGGUCUCCCGACACAUCUACAUCCUACGAGUGCGCUUUAUGGUCUUGGAUAUACCCCCACAUACGUUGUUUACCACGAGUUGAUCUUGACUUCGAAGGAGUACAUGACCCAGGUCACUGCGAUUGAUGCCAUGUGGCUAGCUGAAUUCGGUGCGGUGUUCUACUCGGUCAAAUUCAAGGACUUCGAUGAUCGUGGGAUGCGGCGACAAGCCGAUCGAGAAUUCUCUAGAAAAGCUGAAUUGGAAUCGCAAAUCGCGAAGCAAAGAGAAGAUUAUGCACGGCAAGAGGCAGAGAAAGCUCUCGCAGUCAAAGUUUCUAGUGGAAGCAGCUCAAAGAUCAUUGUGCCUGGAACGCCGAGACAUCCUGGCCCUGCAGGCAAUCGGGUUGGUCAGACGCCUAGAAGACGAGUCGGGAUAUGAUGGAUGUAUUCAUUCAUGUGUUGCUUGCGUGUUUCAUUUUAUCAGUAUUGUUGCCAUCUAUUGCAUUCUGAAUAAA